AUGGUGCUCAUGUUUGUGGUACAUACCAAUGAAGUGGCCCCUGUGGAUUACGGCCAACAGUUGAAAUCAAGGAUGCAAACAGUCGAAUCUUGGGAGGCAAGGACACUCAACCUGGGGCCUGGCCCUGGAUGGGACCUGAGUCAGUGGCGUCUAGUGGUUGGUGCAUGGAAAGUACGGGAGGCAGCAGCAACCACCCUCGGCCCCCUUGUACAGGAACGGAAGGCAGUCCAUAUUCUGCUCCAUGAGCAAUAUAACUCACUUACUGAGGCCAAUGACAUCGCGCUGGUGGAGAUGGAUGGGCCUGUGCACUGUGGUUACCUGGUCCAGACUGCCUGUCUACCCUGGCCCUCAGUCGUUCCACUCGAGGACUCAGAGCCCUGUAUCAUUGUUGGCUGGGGAUACAAAGAGGAGGAUGCUUUAGAGCCAGCAAGUAUUCUACAGGAAGCAGAGGUGAAAAUCAUUAAUUUGGAAAUAUGCAACGGGACUGACUGGUACCAUGGAUUCAUUCAUUCCACCAACCUGUGUGCCGGCUACCCAGAGGGUAAAAUAGACACUUGCCAGGGGGACAGUGGUGGGCCACUCAUGUGCAAGGACAAAGGCACUAACACGUUUGUGGUGACUGGCAUCACCAGCUGGGGCACAGGUUGUGCCCGGGCAAAACGACCAGGGGUCUACACUUCCACAGGGGAUUUUCUGGAAUGGAUCGUAUCCAAGAUUGGAGUUGAUGCAAUGCGUGAUGACAUGCCUUCAACAGUCAAGAAACCAAUAUUAAUGCCAAUUAGAGGGAGAUCAAGGGGAAGGGUAGCUCCAGAGAGUAGGACUUCUUCCAUUCAAGCAAAACAGGGCAUCCCCAAAGGUAAAUGGGGCUCCUUCUUCCCCUGAUCUUUCUCCACCUGUCCCUCAUCCCCAAGGGAGAAGAGUUGUGGCCCUACUACAGAAAUGAGUUUCCAACCUAUCUUUUCCAUCCAGACACAUUUCUAGUGGGCAUGCUUAAGGAUUCUCAGUCUUUCAGUUUCCAACCUCAUUGGUUCUAUUUCUUUAGCUGAAGUAGGAAGAGACAAAUCCGGUCCACUGUCCAAUAUGCUUUGUCAUUUUCCCUUAAUGGCUACUAUUGGACCUAAUUUUUGUUUAUAAAUGGACAUCCUUUUCUCUAAUCACAUCAGAUCGUGGAAGAGAAAGAAGAAUAAGUUGUCUGGCCAUGGCUUGCCAAAGCUCUAUUGCUCCUCCAAACCAUAACCCUUUGUCCCACUUCUAUUUUUUGAUCCUUUGACAAAUUUCCCCUAUGGAGUUCCUAUGCUCAUCCUUUUCUUGACUAAGCCAGCUGGACCUUGAAGGCCAAUUUAUUGCUCAGGUCUGAGCUCAGUCAAGGAACAUACUACCACAUUCACUGCUAAUAGUUCAAAUCAGGUUUAUCGGGCAAAAGAUAGAUGCAGGAAUACAGACUGAUUUUGCUACUCUGUUGUCUCCAGAGCCUUAGAUUCUACAACUCUGGAAUAAGGUAGGGGCAUAGAUGGGGCUUUUUGUCAACUGGAGGCUACCGAGGCUCUCUGUUAGACAGUGCUCUUAGUUGAAGGUGAGUAUGGGCUUUUAAUACAAUAAUCUUCCUGAAUCAGUACAAAUGCAUCAGUUCACAUCAAGAAAGGAUCCCAGAGGAAAGCAGAAUUGCAGCAUGAAUAAAUACUGGGGCUUGACAAAUCAUGGUUGGAAGGUGGGAUUGGGGAUUACUAUUAGAUAUAGUUUGUAUAAACUCAAAAGCAGGGUUAGGGUAAAGUGCAAACCAAUUUAAAGUCACGCUACAACUCUAGGGACAAAUUGAAAGUUGACAAAGUUUAUAGGAUUGUUGAACUUCCAAUCUGCCCAGACUCAGUUCACUCACUGUUAGGAGCUGAGAUAACAAGAAGAUGCUUUUGUAAAUAGCCUAGAAGAAAGAUGUGUCAAAUAAUACUAAUAUGAUUAACAGUUUUUUUUCAAAAACUCAUUUCAAAAAAUGAUAGAAAAAGCUAGAAUAUGAUCUACUGAAGUUAGGAGAUAUAGGACAUCAUCCCAAAUCCUUUUCUCCCAGCAAAGUUAAGUAUUCUUUUUAAAGGAAAAGGAAGUGAAAAGCAUAAAUAAACUGAGAAAUUUGUGCCAGUAAAAAAUCAGUCUUAAAGCAGUAUCUGACAAAACUGAGAAGGGAACAAGAGAUACUUUACAACUAUGAUUAGCAAAUACUCUUAAGGCAAUCACCACAGGGAAUUAAAAAAAUACAAUGUUUUGAUUAUAAUUGAAUAAUUCAGAUGGGCUGCUGGGAAGAAGAGCGAUUUAGGGCAAAACCUAGUUAUCUGUAGUUGGUAAAACUAAUUCUGGGUGGUAUAGUAUGAGAAUGAAAGCAAAUGAUAUCAGGGAAAAUGAGAAGAAGGUAAUUUCAAAGGCUUGUUGCUAUCUCAUGGUGAGGAACAAAGGAAUAGUGGUAAUAACUAAUGAAAAGUUAAAGCCUUUUUUAUUCCCCCCCCCCAAAUCUGAGUUAAUAUUAUACAGGUACCAUGUCUAUUGUUUUGUGAAUGUGCAUGUUAGGCUUCGAAAAGGGUUUGUAAUUUAGAGAAAAACUAUGCAUAAAAUACAAUCCUUUCAUUUUAAAGAUGAAAUGAGGUCCACCAAUAGAAAGUGACUUGGUUAGGGUCUCAUAGAGGGAGUAAUUGCCGAAUGAGGUUACAACUCAAAUCCUGUGACUUCAACUUUAUUUUUUUAAAGCCUUUUAUUUUCAAAACAUAAAUGAAUAAUUUGUCAACAUUAACCCUUGUGAAAGCUUGUGUUCCAAUACCUCCCCCACUCCUUCUCCUAGAUGGCAAGUAAUCCAACAUAUGUUCAACAUGAUAGAAAUUGUGACUUCAACUUUAAUACUUUUCAGUCUUUAUUUUAAACUAUAUUAUGCUGUUACCAUUUAUGAAUAUAAGGAAUAUAAGAAUACAAUAGAUUGUAUUUCUCUUUUUUGACAAAAUG